UGUCGCCACUUGCUAUACUAAUCAAUCAAAAUCCACACACAAAGCUUUCUUUUUUCUCCAUCAAAUUCUCUGACCUCAACAUAUGGGGCUGCAGCUUGUUUUCAUUGGUACCAUAGCCCUGUGUUUGGUUGUUUCCUCGGCAGUGCUUGAGCGGUUUGAACAAGCACUUAAACAAGAUGGGUCACUUAGCUUCUUGGUCAUUGGAGAUUGGGGAAGAAAAGGAGCUUACAACCAAUCCAAAGUUGCAUUCCAGAUGGGAGUUAUUGGACAACUAUUGGACAUCGAUUUUGUGAUUUCCACCGGCGACAAUUUUUAUGACAGUGGCUUGACAGGCAUAGAUGAUCCAGACUUUGAUGACUCAUUCACCAAAAUCUACACUGCUUCUAGCUUGCAAAAGCAAUGGUACAGUGUUUUGGGAAACCACGACUAUAGGGGUAAUGUUGAGGCACAGCUGAGUCCUGUCCUCACAAAUCUUGACAAGAGAUGGCUUUGCCUGAGAUCUUUUAUUUGCCUUUUUACAUUCUUUGUUUCAGAAGUUGCAGAGUUUUUCUUUGUAGAUACUACUCCGUUUGUGGACAAAUACUUCAUAGAACCUAAGGACCAUGUUUAUGAUUGGAGUGGCAUAUUGCCCCGGAAACAAUACAUUUCCAACCUACUCAAGGAUGUGGAUUUAGCUUUACAACAAUCAAAUGCAAAAUGGAAGAUUGUGGUGGGUCACCAUACAAUUAGAAGUGCCGGCGUGCACGGUAAUACGGAUGAGCUUGUAAAGCAGCUUCUCCCAAUUCUUGAGGCAAACAACAUUGAUCUUUACAUAAAUGGACACGAUCACUGCCUACAACACAUAAGUAGUUUUGACAGUGCAAUUCAAUUUUUGACUUGCGGGGGAGGGUCAAAGGCGUGGAGGGGUGUUGUGAACUGGUGGAAGCCAGAAGAGAUGAAGUUCUACUACGAUGGCCAAGGAGUCAUGUCUGUGAAGGUCACUGAAACUGAAAUUGACAUAGUAUUCUAUGAUGUCUAUGGCCAUGUUCUACACAAAUGGAACACAUCCAAACAGCUUCACGCAAGUUGGUGAACAAGUUCAAGAUCGAAUCCAAGGCAUUUAAUUAUGAAACAAGAAAAGAAAGAAAAAAUAAAUCUCGGGGACAAGAAACAAAAGUGCAUACAAGAUAGGAAAAAACAAUUGAGCCCUAUCAUCUCCCCAUCUGGUUUGGCUUCAUAUUUUACACUAUGCAAUUGACUAAAAUCUGUUGUAUAAUAGUAUCUACGGAAAAAAUUCUCUCCAUUUCUUUCAUUUUUAUGAUUUUGAAAAAAUAAAUAAUGAUAUUUUCUAUUUAAUAUGUAUUAUGUCGAUCUAUUUUAUUUAUUUCUCCAAAACUUUAGUAAUGAAAAAAUGGAGAGGCCGGAAAGAAAUGGACAGCAUCUACUUUCUGUAAUAAACAGAUAAUGUUCAAUUCAAUGGGAUUUUAUAUA